UGGAUGAUAACACUUGUCUCCCGCUACUGGAUGAUGCAGAGCAGAGAGGGACCGCGUCGCCAUUUUUUUGCGGUUCGUCCUGAAGCCCAUCCCCCUGGUGCAUCUACACCGGGAAAUAGUCAAGACUUUCAUUCAAUUCAUUGAGAAGAAGAGCCUGGGCUGCCUGUGCGGUUGUAACAAUGCCUUCACCAAGGACAGUAACUAUUGUGGCCCUUUCUUUUGCUCUGGGUUUAUUUUUCGUGUUUAUGGGAACCAUCAAGCUGACUCCGAGACUAAGCAAAGAUGCAUACAGUGAAAUGAAAAGGGCCUACAAGAGUUAUGCCAAGGCAUUGCCAGGCCUGAAAAAGAUUGGGAUCAGCUCAGUCCUGCUUCGUAAGAUCAUUGGCUCUCUAGAGGUGGGUUGCGGCAUGGUGCUUACCCUGGUGCCAGGCAGGCCGAAGGAUGUGGCCAACUUCUUGCUGCUGCUUGUCAUGCUGGCGGUCCUGUUCUUCCACCAGCUAGUAGGAGACCCUCUGAAACGCUAUGCCCACGCUCUGGUCUUUGGUAUUCUGCUCACCUGCCGAUUGCUCAUUGCCCGGCAGAGUGAUGACCGGCCGGAGAGAGAGGACAGCAGGGAGGAACAGCACAUCAACGAUCAGGAAAAGAACAAGGUCAAGCAGUCUUAAGAUCUUCCACUUUGGUCCAAGCCACGGCGAAGGGAACCGGGUGCGCCUCAAGGGAUUGUAGUAAUUCAGAUUUCUAAGGAAACAGUCACUCCUAGUAAUAACACACUUAACACACACACACACACACAUCCUCUGUCCCAUCCAGCUGGCUGACUGAUUACUCCUACCUACUCUUCUGCACCCUUACUGUGAAAUGGAGAACUCCUACCCCAUCCAUCCUCUACAUAACUGUGGACAAUCAUACCUUGGAAACUCUGAUGAGCUUAGCUCAUCGCCACACUAGUCUGGUCCCUAUUUAUUUCAGUCCUACUCUGUGUUAAAUGUGUUUGUGUUUUUAACUCAAGUAUGAAUUUCGUUUAUGUUGUAAGUUGAUUUGAGAAUGCUGUUUUUCAUGAAAGAAUCUUUGUAGCUUGAUUUUCUAAUUUGUUUUUAUACUGUAGCUAGGAGAGACUGAUAAUUAACAAAUCCCAAGCAUGUUUAAUUUGGUCAAGAGCAUAGGACAUUAACGAAAAACCAGACAAAGAAUUUUGUACAAAUUAUACAUCAAUGAGUAUUACAUAUCCAUGUCUUACUUUGGCUCAGUGUUACCCGAAAGCUGCUUUACAAAGCUGGAACAUGGAGAUCCCCAUAUGUUUUUUCAUUUCAGUAGGUUAUUGCCAUAGCUGACUUUUUCUACAGUCUAUGGUCUUCACGUGAGUAUGCAUGAUAUUGUUUAUCCCACAGUAAGAUAAUCUUAAUAUCCUCUGUUUAUUCAGAUCUGUUAUCUCAAGUUUAGAUGGAAAAGACAGCACAGCAGUGACUGCCCAAGGUAUCUGCUGCUAGCUUGUACAGCAGAACAUGACCGUAUCAAAAAAAAAACAAAAAAACAUAAAUGUUUUUGCCUGUUCAGAAUUGAAUUUUACCAUUUGUAAUUCACAUUUUAAGUCUUAACCUUAGGUUCGUCUCAUGGGUUUUCGUUUUUAUUUGUGUUUUCUUUUAAAGAUGUGAAAAGCAUUCCUAUUUCAGUUGACCAUGGAGUCAAUUUUGAGAUUCACAAUAUUUCUGUAAAAGAUAUCCUUAAAAUAAAGAACUGGAGGAGA